AGUAUUUUGAGUAGAUUUAACGUCGAAAAGUCUUCCCGCAAAAACAGUUGGCAUGACCGUAAUGUGCACAUGAGCAACUCGUAUGCUUAUUGAGAGAGCAAAGCGUUGCAUAAUAAACACUGGUUGGUGCUUAUUUGUAGCUCUCUUACUUAAAGCAGCCACAAGUUGCAAUUGAGCAGCGCCGCGUCCGCAAGCAAAAGGUAGAUUGCGCGCUCGAUUGACGUUAUCACAUCUUCCAUAUCAGCGACAUUGAAUGUGAAUUGAAAGACGCGCAGCGCUUGAUUACACAAAAGUCUGUAGCUCGACUACAAAUACUUUUUACACUUUGGGUUGAGAAAUAAAAAUUUUCAAAGUUUAGAGAAAUGAAAGCAGUCAAACGGGAAGUACAUACGAAAAUUGUCUAAAAUUUGUAGACGUUCAAUUUGAAACGACUAUAGGAAUAUUUUCGCCUAAUCGGCGAUUUUAGACGUCAAACAGUAAACUUCCAUACAGAUAUACAUAUGUACAUUCAUAUGUGUGGAAACAAAGAGUUAAAUAGAAAAUAAUCCAAAUUAAGUGUAGCCGUGUGAAAGACCAAAAUUAAAAACUAACUUAGUGACAAAAUGGUUUGCGUGACAGAGGAUGCUUUCGGCACCACAAUCAACCCGCUAACGAAGAAGGAAGUGGCAAUCAGGCGCUUUACCAUCACCAAUGACCGUAGGAUGUCGAUGCAGUUGAUAACCUUCGGCGCAACAAUAACUUCCCUUAAAGUGCCGGACUCGCAUGGCAUGGUGGACGACAUCACGCUCGGCUUCGAUAAUAUCGAAGGUUACUUGACCGAGAAUAAUCCCUACAUUGGGUGUUCAGUGGGUCGCGUUUGCAGCCGCGUUGGCAAUGGCAACUUUAUACUCGAUGGGAAAAAGUACGAGGUUACCAAAAAUUUCUUGGGAAAACACAUGUUGCACGGCGGUACUCAUGGCUUUAGCAAGGUCAUUUGGGAAGUGGAUCAAGUGAGACCGGAUGGUGUUGUUUUCAAGUUUACUUCGCCCGAUGGUCACGAGGGCUUUCCCGGUGAAGUGGUUGCCACGGCUACUUACACCAUUACGGAUGAUAAUUGUAUGCGCUUUUGCUUUGAAGCAACCACUAACAAGCCAACACCGGUUAAUAUGACCAAUCACGCAUACUUCAAUUUGGCGGGACAUAACGCAGGCAAGCAGGGUAUGGUGGAACAUAUCGUUAAGAUAAAGGCCGAUUGUAUAACCGAUAUGGACGAAGAAACGGUGCCGAAUGGUCAGUUUAUUUGUCUGGAGAACCAUCCUUUGGAUUUACGUAAGCUGACAAAUGUCGGUGAAGGUUUGAGAAAAAUAUCUAAGAUUGCCAAGGGUUACGACCACAAUUACGUACUGAAGUACACACCGGGCUGUAUCGAGAAGCAAGCGAAAAUAUUCCAUCCCCCCAGUGGUCGCUGCAUGGAAAUUUUAAGCAAUCAGCCCUGUAUGCACUUCUAUACCGCGCACAACAUGCCCGACUUGGAGAAGAAAAGGGGUAAAAAGAAAGGUAACACGCAACCCAUGAUCAUCGGGAAGGGGCGCAGUAUGUACGAGAAGCACGGGUCGUUCUGUAUGGAAACGCACUGGUUCCCGGACGCUGUGAAUCACGACAAUUUCCCCUCCGUUAUACUGAGCCCCGGCGAGACUUACCAACACGUUUGUAUAUUUAGACUUGGCGUUUAUGACCCGAAUUGCGAACGGCAUGGCAACUAGUUAAGCGACUAAGUGACAGAUAAGGGACGGAGAGCAGUGCUGCUCAUCAGGCCUCACCCUAACACGGCUACAGGACAGUACUCGCACACUUCCACAUACAACAUAUACAUAAGUAUAUGUGUACAAAACUAGUAGUAUUUUCAUAUAGUACAGAUAUGUAUAUUCAAAUUAUUGCUGAAGUAUAUGAAAACUAUUCGUCCAAAAUUCAUUUGUAAAUUAAAGAAGUAAUAAAUAACAAAUUA